AUGCCUGAUAAAAAUUUUGAAGAGUUAAGAAAACAAAUAAUGAAUAUUAAGGAACAAAUGAUAUUGUUUUUAUUCAAAUUAUUUAUCAAUAGUACAAAUUUAAAAAUUUUAAAAAUUGAUAGUGACAAGAUUUUGAAUAACGUUCCAGAUCUUCAACAUACAAUUGGGCAAUGUUUAAAUAUUACAAUGCUUGAAAUUGGAUACGCAGAUCAACAUAUGUCAAUAAACUCUAUAAAUUUUUUAGAAAAAAUUUCAAAGUCAUGUAAACAAAUAGAUAAUUUAAUCGUCAAAGUUCCUACAUUUGAGAAAAAUCAUGAGAUUAAAGAACUUAUUAUAUCGAUUAUAAAUGCACAAGAAAAAUUAAAAAAAUUUAGCCACAGGAGUGUAGAUAGCUGGUUAGAAGAAAUAAUCAAAGCAUUGCAAUCUCAAACCAAUUCAUUAGUGUCAAUCAACCUCGAGUGUAUUAAAAUCUACGAAUCUUCAUUGAUUUCACUUGCUAAAUGCAAAAAUUUGGAAAAUCUGGUUUUUUUAAACUAUUCAAGACUUAAUAUAAGACUACGCAAAAAUAUUGAAUUUAAAAAUUUGAAAAGGUUAUAUAUUAAAAAUUAUCCUUUGAUGAAUAUUAAUAUGCCAAACCUGAAAGAAUUAACUUUAGAAGUGUUGACACAUGAAGUGAUAGCUUCUAUAAUAAAAAAUUGUCCUAAUAUUACUCAUCUUAAUCUCAAGAAUUAUCGUCCUUCUUAUCAUGAUUUUAUAUUUAAAGACUUUAUUCAAGAAUUACACAUAACUCACUUGACUAUUAACUUUCUAUAUAGCGAUUCUAUUAUUUCUGAAUCUUCGAUUCUAUUAAAAGAAUUUCUUUUACUUACGCUUAAAUACUUAGUGAUUAAGUGCGGGCUUAUUACAAUUUAUCUUGAUAAUCUAAUGGAUGAUUGUUGUUAUGAGAAAUUAAAGGAGUUGAUUAUUAAAGUAAUGAAAGUUUACAAUUUAACAGAUAAAUCUCAAUGUGAUUAUACUACAGAUCAAUACUAG